GGUCAUACCUCGUACAGCUUUCAAUCUCUGCCCUCGCCGUGCGACGCGAACUCGGCCGUGUUAGGGGCAAACACGUCCAUUGACGUCCAUCUCGGGUUAGGCAUCUCCUCUGCCCGUGUCACUGGAUCCAACUGCCGUCGAGAAUGGAAUCCUCUCACGAAUUCGGCCAUUGUCUUGCCUAGAAAGUGGUCCCGUAGGACAGGCUAGGCUCGAGUCCCCUCGUAGACGUUUAAAAAGCAGGGAAGAAGCCGAGACUGACACCGUCUCGUCUCCCCGCUGCUUAGUUCUCCCAAAUCGCACUUCUCUUCGGCUCGUCUCAGCUCCGCACCGCUUCGUCUUCACCGCAGUCGCUCGUUCAGCAUGGCCGUGCGUAGGUUCCUGUCUCUGGCUUGCCUGCUGGCCUCUCGCGUGGAAGCACAGGGUGGCUAUUCGUACGGGAGUCCCCCCUCCGGUCCCGCCGCCGAGACCGUCACCGAGACCACCACCAAGACUGUUACGCAAUCCCUAUCUCAGUGUGGCAGCACCUCCACGACAUUCUCUACCUCCGUAUCCUUUACGCCGCCGGUGGUAAGCAACACGUACGGCUCUUGUCCCGGCUUCAACUGUGGGACGGUGCCGCCGUCGACGAGCGGGACAACGACUCCAUGCCCCACCGUGACAGGUAAAUUCACAGCCGGAACCCUGAAGCCCUCCGUGGGAAUCACGUCUAACACAGGUGCCGCCGCAGUCUCAGUGCCGCCGCCGUCUAGCACUUCUACCACUUCCAGCGCUUCCAGCAGUCCUAGCACUUCUAGCAGCGUCUCGCUGUCGUCGCCCUGCAGCGCAUCGUCGACGCCUACGGCGCCUCCCGCCACGGCGUCCCCGAGCACGCCGGUGUCAACUAGCGACUCGACAACCAUCGGGGCUGGUGCGAUCUCACCUAAGGCACUGGCGGUUGGGACUGUAGUCUCGGUGGUCGUAGCUAGUCUCCUACUAUGAGCGCGAAUCGCUGAUAAGGGGGUGGAGAAGGAAGGGGUGGGUAGAGGAAAAUCAAGGGGGACGACGUUGGUGUAUGGGACAAGAUGGUCAGCCUCCUCCAGUCUCGGUAUAAUAAUGUCCUGUCACCUUGUCGUCGCUCUCUACGACUUAAUGGCUGAGCUGACACGCUCGUAAUCGAUUGUAUGGGUCCAGGCAGUUCCCCCGGACCGAGUCGGAGGUGUGUACUAUUCACGGACAGGUAGUAUAGCGUCGCGAGACCAAGGGAAUUAAUUAGCGCUUAUCUUCUCCCCUUUAAUAGCUGCUUUGGUUCCAGUCUCUCGUUGUGAUAGCUAGGGGAUCACCAUGCCCGUUUCCUAAUGUAAGGUGAAUCUAUUUCGUCAGUCUGUCGAGCUUCGGCGUGAGAGACCAGGUCUAAUAGCA